AUGUCAGAGACGACGAUCUCGGAGCCAUGGCGCUGCUCUCUAGCAGAGCUGGUGACGAUGAGGAGUCGCAGGAUGGAGUUGACAGUGGUCCGAUACACAUCCGCCAUGGCUCAGAUGCCGUGGUUGAUGACUUUGCGAGUCCUAUCGCACAUGCAUGGGAAUCAGUGUCCCAGCAACUGCAUCACUCUGAAUUCCGUCCUGGCGGCGGCCACGAGAUCUGCACGAUGGGCAUUCGGCUUUGGGCUUCUGCAAGACAUGAAAACGGGCGGCGUGGUACCCAGCAUCGUCUCCUUCGGAACGGGGAUCACUUUGAGCAGGGCCUUCAGGUGGCAUCAGGGCUUCCUCCUACUGCAACAGCUUCCAAAGCGGUCGCUGCAACCAAACACCGUGACGUCCAAUGCCGCUCUCUCGUGCGUUGCAGCUGCUAGCGCUUCCACCACAGGCGAUGCAGGAAAUGCGGCUCAUGGCUGGAUGGCUGCAAUGGACACGUACAGCCACAUGCACCAACUGGGCAUCGAAAUAGGUGCAGCGACCACUGGCUCUCUGAUCCACCUUGCUCGAUUCUUGAGACGAUGGCACCUGGCUUUCGAAUUCUUGACACUAGAGAAACAGCUCCACUGCGACGCACACAAGAGAAGAGAGCAUCGCUCCGUGAGCCGGAUCUCCUUCAACUCGGCUAUCAGUGCCUGUGAAGGCUCAUCACAAUGGGACGCAGCCUUGGGCAUUUGCGAGUCCAUGGAGAGAAGCAUCGAUGGCGUUACCGUCAGCGCAUGCAUCUCUGCCUGUGAGAAGGGGCAAAGGUGGGUCAGAGCAGUCGACCUCGCUCGGCAUUUGCCUCAGAUUCGCAUUUUGCCCAAACCCACUCGUGGUGAUCUCCAAUGUCGUGCCAUGGCCCUCGCAGCGUGCAUCAGUGCAUGCGAGAAGGGUUUGGAAUGGCAAAGAUCUCUGCAAACGGCCUUUGACUUGCGGCCUUUUCUCGACACCCAGAAGGCAUCCAAGACCCUUCCAUACAAUGCAGCAUUGUGCUCCUUGGGCCGGAGUGUUCGCUGGGAACUGGCGCUGGGCAUCCUUCGCUGGCUUCCGAUGUCUACUCUACGUCCCAGUCUUGAGUCUCUGAAUGCAUGUCUGGGAGCGCUGCGCACUGCUCAGGAGUGGUCGAAAGCUAUGUCAGCUUGGUUGACCUUAGAACAGUCAGCUCUCAUGCCAUCCGUGGUAACCAUGGCUGCCUCUGCUGCCAUAAUCUCUGGCCGAGCAGCAUGUAAUGCUCUCAUCUCCGCUUGUGCAGAGCCACUGCGAUGGAGAAAGGCUAUCUGUCUCUUCGACGAGACCAUGGAUCCUGAUCGAAUCUCCUUCAAUUCCCUUGCCUCUGCGCUGGAGAAAAGCCGCCUCUGGGUCCUCACGCUGGGGCUCCUCCCUCAACUGCGCGUGCGGCUUUUGGAGCCCGACCCCUUCACCAAGGAGGCCAUCUUCUCGGCGGCUGAGAGAGCGAGGGCUUGGCGACAGGUGCUGGCGAAUCUGCGCACUGGGAGUUCGCAACCGCCCGGCGCCGCCAUCAUGGGCAUUGUGUUCUCUGCACUUUCCUCGGCCGGGCAAAUGGAGCUAUGGCCCAAGGCGCUCCAGCUUCUGCAGGAUCUGAAAGACAGCGAAGUGGAGGCAGAUGCAUCGGUUCUCGGUACAGUCGCCGAGCUCUUCGUGGAAGCAGGGGGGAGGGCAGUACAGAGGGCUCCCUACAUCCACAGCCUUCACCUGCUGGAGAGGAUGCAGCGGGGAACGGAAGCCUGGCUGAGUGCUUCCGGACUCCGUGUGAUAGCACUUUAG